GCAAUGCUUUUACUCCGAAAACCAUUGUCCAGUUCACACGUCAGCGCCAUGAUAAAAUCGAACUGAAGGCUUUUUUCCAAAACAAAAAUAAUUUUAAAAAAAUUAAACAAAAAAAUGUUUUGGUUAAUAUUUUUGUUUGCCACCAGCAUUAAAUUGCUUUUAAUUAAAUCCUACCGGUCAACAGAUUUUGAAGUGCAUCGAAAUUGGCUUGCAAUUACCCAUUCCCUUCCCCCUUCCAAAUGGUAUUAUGAAAAUACUAGCGAAUGGACACUCGAUUAUCCACCUUUCUUUGCCUUCUUCGAAUGGACUCUGUCGCAAAUGGCGCAAUUUUUCGAUCCAAAAAUGUUGCAAGUAAACCAUCUAAAUUAUGAUUCAGAUGCCACGAUACUAUUCCAGCGGUUAUCUGUGAUAACAACUGAUAUUGUAUUUGCACUCGGAGUUAAGAAAUGCAUUUCAGCUCUAAAGAUCAAAAACUCACUUGGAAUCCUUGCGGCGAGUUUAAUCUUUCUGUGCAACAUUGGCCUUAUCUUCGUCGAUCACAUACACUUUCAGUACAAUGGAUUUCUGUUUGGCAUCCUGCUCCUGAGCAUCGGGUAUCUCCUGGAGGAGAGAUUCCUUGUGUCAUGUGUACUCUUUGCUUCCUUGUUGAAUUUUAAACACAUUUUCAUUUAUAUGGCUCCAGCUUUUGGUGCGUUUUACUUAAAGUUCCAUUGCUACCAAGGAAAGCAACCGAUAUCAAACUUUUUUGGAUUAUUGGCAGCAGGAUUAAGUUGCUUUGUAUUGUCAUUUGGUUUGUUCUACCAACAUUUGCCACAGGUAUUUUCCAGAUUGUUUCCUUUCAAAAGAGGACUCACGCACGCUUAUUGGGCUCCAAAUUUUUGGGCUUUGUAUAAUUUUGCUGAUAAAGUGGCCGAAGUGGCACUGAAAAUACCCAAACAAGGCGGAUCGAAUACUGGAGGUCUGGUUAAAGAGUAUGUUCAUGUCUUUCUGCCAAAGAUUAGUCCAAUGACAACGUUUUUAUUGACUGGACUGGUUAUGGUUCCUUGUGUCAUCAAGCUGUUAUUCUUCACAGAUAAACGCAACAGUAUGCGGGCUUUUCUUCAAGCUGUGGUUAUUUGUUCCUGCACUUCCUUUAUGUUCGGAUGGCAUGUACAUGAAAAAGCCAUUCUAAUGGCAAUCAUACCAUUCAGUUUGCUCAGUCUACUUGACACCAAAGAUGCUAGAUACUCAUUUUUAUUGAGUUUUGUUGGCAAUUUCUCACUAUUCCCUCUUCUAUUUACUCCGGAACUUGCUAUAGUGAAGUAUUCUUUAUUCCUAGCAUAUACAUCGGCUCAUUAUGUGCUCCUUAAGUUAUUGCAUCAAAAAAUGAACUUUCACUGGUAUGAAAUUGUCUAUCUAUGCGGUUUCAUAAUGCUGCCGAUGUUUGAGCAUAUUAUUAGUCCUAUCUUAAAUUUAAAUACAAAACUACCAUUCCUUCCGUUACUUUUAACAAGUAUUUAUUGCAGUGUGGGGAUUCUUUAUACAUUCUUAAGUUAUUACAUUUUAUAUAUGAGUGAUAUUGGCUUGGCAUACGCCAACGCCAACAAGUCUAAAAUGAAACUUAAAUCUAAAUAAAUAAAACUGUUGUAUUUGAA